AUGCAGAAAGCUCCUGUGAAGGUUGAAGUAUCAGGACGAGAACAAGUCAGUCCGGAAAAGCUUUUGCAGACCCGAGCUCUCACAGCUACAGAAGUGGGCUCUCAACCUCUGGAAUACAAUCAACUGCAGAAAUGGCUGAUCUUAGCUCGCGAUGUAUUGUCCACUGUUAUUAAAGAUUUGGACGGGCUGGAGCAAACAAUGGAUCGGGCGAUGGUAUGUGUUGGGACUAGUUUCCGAGAUAUUAAAUACAACCGUGUGUUGCUUCGCAGAUUUGUACAUAAAUAA